UUGGGACUCACACCCAAAUAUCUCUUUGAGUCACAAGUUUGUUUUGUGUUUUCAGCAUGGCUCUUAAGUUGUUUGUGUGUAUUCAUUUGCUCCUGUUCAUUUUCAUGGCCGUUGUAUGUAAUGCUGAGUAUUCAGGAAAGCUUCUGGGCCAAGUCAAUGUAAUCAACAGUGAUGGCCCUUAUUUGGGCCUGGUUGUUCCCAACACUUUUGAAAUGGACCCCCUACUAGACCCCUCAAAUUUUAUAGUCAAUGAAAACGUCUCCUAUAUAGAUCUUUCUGGAAGGAGAUUCCAUGUGGGAGCUAUUGCAAAUCAGAAGGUCAUUGUGGUCAUGACAGGGCUGGCAAUGAUGAAUGCAGCAAUAACUACCCAGCUUCUCUUGAGUUUCUUCAAGAUAAAAGGAGUUGUGCACUAUGGAAUUGCUGGAAAUGGAAACUCUGACUACCAUAUUGGUGAUGUUAUCAUUCCCCGGCAGUGGGCUCAUACUGGCCUAUGGAAUUGGCAGAGAUAUGGACAAGGACCAGACGAUGAACUUGCCUUGGAAGACAAUGGGGACUACACUCGUGAUAUUGGGUAUAUUCAUUUUGCUAACUACAGUACAGAAGAAGGCGUUGACAAUCUUUUAAAUAAUGUUUGGUACAACCCAGACGAGAUUUUCCCUGAGAGUGGCACUCCAGAAGUUAGACAGCAUGUAUUUUGGGUCAAUGUAUCCGAAACUUAUUAUAACCUUGCUGAGCAGCUAGAGAAUAUAACACUAGAGUCCUGCACCAACUCUACAACCUGCUUGUCAACCACACCGAAGAUUGUGAAAGUGGAGAGGGGAUGCAGUGCCAACAUCUAUGUGGAUAAUGCUGCUUACAGAAACUUUCUUCAUGACAAAUUCAAUUGCACUCCCAUUGAUAUGGAGAGCGCAGCAGUAGCAUUGGUUAGCCUGAGUAUGGGGAAGCCAUUCAUAAUAAUCAGAGCCCUCUCUGAUUUGGCAGGUGGAUCGAGUGCAGAAAAUGAAGCUACUAUUUUCCUCAACUUGGCAAGCAAAAAUGCUGUGAUUGUUGUCACUGAAUUCUUUAGUCUGCUUUCAUCCUUGCUGAUAAACCUACAAAUGGUUUAGGAGUAAAUGAUAUGUGAUUCGAUGCUGAUUCACAAGCUACUUAAAUAAGAGGUUAUAAUAUGUGAUAGCUACAAGGACCAUCUAGCUUUGGUAUCUACAAAAACUUAGAUUACUAAAUUGAUGUAGAUACUUUUCUAAGUAUUGAAUGAUAAUAAUUAUUAGAAGUAUGACGUUUUUAUCCAAAUUUCAAAGACAUAGACUGCCUAAAAUGAU